UCAGUCUCAAGUCAAGUAGUAAUUCCUAACAGUCAUGUCAGGCACGCGUGUUUACGUCGGCAACCUGCCCAUGGAUAUCCGCACGCGCGAGGUGGAGGACAUUUUCUACAAAUACGGGCGCAUCCGCGACAUUGACGUCAAGUUCCCAUCUCGCCCCCCGGCCUUCGCUUUCGUGGACUUCGAGGACGCUCGGGACGCCGAGGACGCUAUCCGAGGCCGUGACGGCUACGACUACGACGGCGCGCGACUACGUGUCGAGGCUGCAAACGGUGGCCGCCGCGAGUCGGCCCGUGAUUCUGCGCGCGGGUCGGCCCGCUACCCGCGCAACAUCCGCGGCAAUGGUGAGUUUACCGUGGAAGUAUCGAACCUGCCCCCACGGGUGUCGUGGCAGGACCUCAAGGACUUUAUGCGCAAAGCCGGUGAUGUGACCUUCACGGAAGUAGACGGACGCGGAGGCGGCGUCGUCGAGUACAGCAACAAGCGCGACAUGAAGUACGCGGUGGAGAAGCUGGACGACACGGAAUUCCGCGGCCGCAGUGAGAACUCGUACGUGCGUGUGCGCCAGACAGGAGGACGUGACCGCAGCAAAAGCCGCAGCCGCAGUAGAUCGCGCAGCAGAUCGCGUAGUCAAAGCGCGCGUCGCUCCAGUAAGAAACGCAGCCGUAGUCGCAGCGAGGACGCAGAGGGCGAGAAGAAGGCCAAGCGCAGCGCAUCGGCGGACAAGGAACCCGAGAAGGAGAAGGAGGGAGAUGACUUGAAGCAGGAAGACGGUAAGGACAAGAACGUGGCUAGUGCUAGUGAGAAGAAUAACGACGAGCAGAACGCGGAGAUGGAAGAACUCAAGGAGGAGCUCAAGACGGAACGGGAGCCUAAAAAGGAAGAGGAGCCAGCUGCUGAACCGGAGAAGGAAGCACCUAAGGAGGAGUAG